ACCGAACUCAAUCACACACAAAAACCUCCCUAUCAUCACAACAAUUCCUCAUACCGUCGCCAAUCGACCUUCUUACAAGACCCAAUCGCAACAAUGUUCUCAUCUCUCCGCACCUCCGCCCCCCGCGCACCGGCUUUCACGCGCGCCUUCUCCGCCACACCCCGCUCCCAACUUGCGCGCAUGACUGUCGUCGGACGCCUGGGUGUGGCCCCAGAGGAGGUUACUAUCAGCGGUGACAGGACACUUGUGCGCUAUGUCGUUGGCACGUCGUUUGGCAAGGGAGAGGACAAGAAGACCAGCUGGUUCAGGAUUGCGAGUUUUGUGCAGGGAGCGCAGAAGGACUUUUUGCUCAGUGUGCCGAAGGGAUCACUCCUCUACGUUGACGCCGAUGCGCGCAUGGAGACCUACCUCGAUGCCGAGGGCAACAAACGCUCAAACCUGAGCUUGGUCGCACGAAACUUCGACGUCCUCUCCCGCCCCCGCAACGAGGAGCCUGAGACCAACGACGAGGGUCUUGUCCAGGAAGCCUCCGGUUAAAUGGGCGCCGUUCUACGCACAUUUCCGGUUACAAACAACUACAACCUUGUAAUGUCAAUGAGGUCCACGGACUGGUCAGAGGCUUGGGGUGCGAGCCUUUUCAACGAGCAAUGGGUUCAGAUCUUUGUGCGGCGCUAUAGGGGAUAAUGUCAGUGUCUUGUAUUGACAGGGAAAGUGUAUACUAUCUUUGGGAAAUCUCCAUUUGUAUCAUCUCCGCUCUAGUAGAGGCUUGAGAUAUGGUUUGUUCAGGAGUCCGGUGAAUGAUACCUCUUUCUUAGGAAAUCAUGUUCGUUCAAUCUGACAUGUCUUGACUUGAAUAGAGAUUGUGUACUUGACAUGCUAGCUAUCCACUUACAAGUUCAAAC